GACGGCAUGCCAAAAAGGAAGAAGUACGCAGUCUGGCUGGUGGAGGGCUUUGACGUGGAGCGAAUGGUGGACAAGCUUCUAAAGGGUCACAAUAAUUUGAUGAAUCUGAAAGACAUUUUGGCGUCGGCACCAAGGCUCCGUGAUGAGCUAAAACGGCGGCUCUCACGAAGGUUAGUGCCCAAUAUCCACCUGAGCACGAUUUUGCCAAGGGAGAUAGAAUGGACAGAGGCGGGCACCAGGAUGGAUUGGAAAUGUGUGGCGUGUGGGUUGGUGGAUCUGAAGGUGAGGGACCAGCCGAGCAUCGCAAUGGUGGACACGGGCGCUGAGAUGAACAUUAUCCGGGAGCGAGAUGCGACCAAUGCGACCAUGCUAGGGCUGGAGGUUGACCACUCGGAUCAUGGUGUGCUGCAUGGCGCCAACUGUAAGGCAUUUUUUUGCGGCACCGCGUCUAACGGGAUGGUGGAAAUUGGGAGGGGCUCCCAAAGGCGGUACAAGACUAUAGAUAAGAAGUGCCGCCCGAUCCCCGUGCUUGUCACGGAGGAUGAGGAAGCCUAUUAUGAGCGAGAGCGAGAGCGAGGGCUGAUAAGGCGUAUGCGGGAGCAUGCGCAGGCAGGGCCGUGCCGCAUCAAUGAUGAGAAUAAAGAGGGACUGAUAAUUGGCGAGUUUGGCUUUCUUUCACCCCACGAGAGGACCUUGAUGGUGGAGACCAUGAAGAGGAGACAUUGCGCGUAUGCGUUUAAUGACGACGAGAGUGGGAGGUUGGAUGUGGAUAAGAUCCCGAUGAUACGAAUCCAUACCGUCCCACACGAGCCGUGGAAUUUAAGGGGCGCGCGAUACCUGAAUCCAGACGAGGAGAGGAAGGUGGUGGACUAUUUGGACGAAAAGAUGCGGACGCACGUGGCUGAUUACUCUAGUGGACUGUAUGCCUUACUGUGGUUUUGUUUCAUCAAGCCGAACGUGACGCUACGGCCAAUAGGCUUAGUUGCUGACCCCACUGUUCCUCUGGUUGCUGUCUCUCGCCUGUUGUGCAGGCAAAUCAAGAGGCCAAGGGAACCGGCGCCGGGAGAGGCGGGGCUGACCAGAGAGAGGAGGAGGGCCCCAGCACAGCGGGAGGAUGAGCCCGCGGGGCCCGCACCGAAAGAGGAGUCGUUCCCUGCUUGUGGCCUCCAGGCAGUUGAGUUUCGGCGGAUUACGAGUGAGGAGUUGAGGCCGCCUUCGCCGUCGCCAUCAGGGCAGGAGCUGGACAUACCAGGGGAGACGCCAUUCCGGAGCUUAGCGACUCACCUUGACGUAUCUUGGUGGGAGGCCUCACGGUUGGGGGAAGGUUCAACUGAUCCGGUGCGCUAUGUGCCGUUGGAGGAGCCUUUGGACCUCGAGACGGAGACGGACAUGCGAGACCGAGGGGGGCCGCAUGAUCCUGAGAUGGCAUCCGAGCGGCCGGACCCGGUACGACCUCAGGUUGAGGAGGUGAUCACGGUCGGAGACGAUACCCCUGCAUGCACCCCAGUCCCAGAGCCAGCGCAGCGGUCCUGGCCAGAGGGGGUUCCUGAGCCAGAUAGUGAGGAGGUCUUAGAGCUUCCCCCUGAGACGGCUGCUACGCCUGAGCAGGAGGCGAAGAUGGAGGAUCAGGGAGCGUGUGAGAGAGCGAGGGUGGAGGUACUCCCUGACUUGCCAUCGGCCACGCAUGCGACCGAGAGCCAAGCUGAGAUGGAGGCGUCAGGGAUAGAGCCGACGCCGCCGGUCGAUCCCAAAACGAGCGAGGAGCGGAUCGACGAGUUGUGGGCGAGGUACGAGAGCCAGCGGGACGCAGCCCGCCAGAGGUCACGAGAGACGGGACAGGCGGACGAGGAGGCGGGUGAGCUGAGGGAGAUGGGGGACUUGGUGUUCUCCGCGACUAGGAUAGCGAUUGAGCGUGUGGAUAGGAGGAUAUGCGAGAUGACAGGCCGAGGAAAGCAAGCUUCGCUGAGUCGGGGAGCAGCGGCGGAAGCCCCUCGACAGGCCGAGCCAAUGGGGGAGGUGCCGCCAGAUACGGCCAAGGAGGAGGGUGGCACCCUGGAGUCCCUUAUGGCUAUGUCCACGGAGAGAAGAGGCUCGCGUUUGCGUGAGCUGGCGGCAGCCAUGGGGAUAGGUACACCGCAGGAGAGGCCUCAGAGGCUUGACACUCCAGACUAUGCCCCAGGGCUGGGAGAGUUGGGGGCGGAGUUGGGCUCUUGGGCCAUAGGGACGGACUCAGGAGGACCUGACUCAGGGCGGCAGCAGCAACAGGAGGUCAUGAGUGAGCCAGCCGCCGUGGCGGGCUCUCAGCUGUCUGGAUUAUGUGGGGAUGUGGUUGCAACGGAAAGGCCUCAGGAGGAGGGAUCCCGAGAGACGGACACGCCAGACCACGAGCCAGUGAGUACUGCCGUGCGAGGGGGUGAGGGCGCUUAGACUAUGGAGCCCCGACCUCAGGGCCAUGCGGGAUUACCCUUCUGUCAUGAGGUGUCCACCGAGGCUAUGGGGACGCCUUCAGCGUCG